AUGGAAACAAGAUCUGCAAAACGCAAGAAAAUGGCUCAGAUUGUAUUGAACGAUGCCAAAGUAACCACCGAUCGGAUCAGUGAUCUCCCUGAUGCAGUUCUUCAUCAAAUCCUUUUCCUUCUUCCCAUAAAAUGUGUUGCACAAAUGAGCAUUCUUUCCAAAAGGUGGAGACAUUUAUGGUGUACUUUUCCUGACCUUGAUUUCAGAACCCUUGACCCAUUUCAAAUCUCUUCCAAAUAUCUUAAAUUUUUGGAGUUUGAAAAUCCAAGGCAACCUUUGGGUUCCUCGCGAAUGGAUUUCAUCACACAAGUUUUCUCCGUUCGUGACAAACACUCCGACAUUAGGGUUCUUUGUUUUCGUGCACGUUUGAGUUUUUCAAGGUUUAAUGGUUUGAUUCGUAGGGCUAUUAGGCAUAACGUUAGAGAGCUUGAUAUCGAAGCGUCAACAGUGUGUACAGACGAUUACUUCAACUUUCCUAGAUGUGUUAUUGGGAGUGAAUCUCUAAGGGUUUUGAAACUAAGAUCAGGUUUUCGUCUGCCUCCAUCAUCAGUUAUGAGGCAUGGCUUUCAAUCUCUUAAAACCUUGUCUCUUUCCUUUGUUAUUUUGAACAACCAACCUUCUCUCACUGAUUUGUUCUCUGAAUCAUCCUUUCCUCUUCUUCAAACUCUCCACCUUGAUGCAUUUUCCGGGUUGAAAUAUCUUCGUGUUGGAUGUAGGGCUCUUGUAGAUUUGAACUUAGAGAAGUGUUAUGAGCUAGAGGGUUUGGAUAUCUCAUGUGCAAAACUUGAGAGAAUGAGAUUGGUGAACUGUUUUGUACCGUAUAGUGAGGAGAAGAGUUGGGUAAAGAUCAAUGCACCAAUGCUUGAACAUUUGUGUUGGCAGCAUAAUGCAGUCACUGACAUGGCUAUGUUUGAGCCUUGGAAUUUGUUGCAUGAGGUCACUGUUGGUUUCUUUAUAUUGACAAGAGAUAAUAGUCAGAAUAAGCUUCAAAGUGCUGUUGAAUUAUUAUCUGGACUGUCUCGUGUGCAUUCCUUGUCUCUUGAAAGGCAAACUAUUGAGAUUCUGUCAAAUAAUCACCUCCUUUUUCAGCCAUUUUAUGAUCUUAAACAUUUAGAACUGCAAACUGGUUUCAACAAAAGUAAUGUUCAGGGAUUGACAUGUCUAUUCAGGAGCUCUCCCACUCUAAACACUUUGAUUCUCAAGAUCAUCCAUGAAUAUAGGAUUGAAAGAAAAGAAUGGAAUAGAGACUUGUGGGACAUGAAUAUCAGUGAGGGAGAGCAGUAUUGGGAGUCUGAGAUCAGAACUCUGGAGUCUUUUCUACAACACUUGAAAGUGGUAAAAAUUCAUGGAUUUCUUGAUUAUGAGAAUGAAGUUGCACUUGCAAAGUUUCUCCUUAAGCAUGGAAAGUCCUUGGAAGAAAUGGUGUUACACACAGGACAUUGCAAUGCAAGAGACACUCUUAGGCGACAAAAGAUAAGGUCACAAAUGGUGGGAUUUUCUUGGGCUUCUUCUAAUGCAAAAGUGGCAUUUCAGUAG